CGAGCAGAGUGCAAAUUAGAAUCAACCUCAUAUUGGUCCACGAUUGUCUAUUAAUUGUUGAUUAUUAUGAUUGUGAUUCCUUUUUUCCAUCAACUUAAUCAUCCUCAUCACUAAUCAGCCUCAUCCACCACCAUCACCUCCUCCUCCUCCUCCACAUCCUAUUAAUACCUUAACUUUGAUGCGACAAAACUUUUUGUAUUUUCCUCAUCCCAACAUCAUCACAAUCAUUAUCAAAUUAAUUGUCAUCUUAUUGGGAAUUGAUUGUUUACUUUUGAUUGCUUUUAAUUAUUCUUAGCAAUUACCUUUUUAACUUUUUACUAUUCACUUUUUAACCGGUUGAUUGUUGAGUUUUUUAAAACUUUUUCGUGUCUUUUUUGUUCAAUUGUUUGGUUAACAGUUAAUUGUUGUGAUUUAAUUGUUGGUGAUCAUGAGUAAAUAUGGAGAUAGUCAGGUAUUGACAUCUAUUUACCAAUCGUCCAUCAUGGAUGAUUAUCAUUGCCAUUCGGGCGAUCGAUACGAUAAGGCCGAUACAGUGGCUCGAAAGCGCUUAAUCUGGGCCAGUAUUAUUUGUCUCCUCUUCAUGGUGGUUGAAAUUGUCGGCGGGUUAAUGGCCAAUUCACUGGCCAUUGCCACUGAUGCCGCUCAUCUGUUGACCGAUUUUGCUUCAUUCAUGAUCAGUCUUUUCUCAAUUUGGUACGCAUCUCGACCUGCAACUAAACGAAUGUCCUUUGGUUACUAUCGAGCCGAAGUUAUCGGUGCUCAAAUUUCCGUGAUUCUAAUCUAUGUAGUGACCGGAAUUCUACUCUACUGUGCUGUCCAGCGUCUGGUCACUGAACAAUAUGACAUUCAGCCCACUUAUAUGCUGGUUACAAGUGCAUUCGGAUUAAUUGUAAAUAUCAUUAUGGGUGUUGCCUUACAAGCGGGCGGAAUACCUCAUGGUCACUCUCAUGGACAUUCACAUGGACACUCACAUGGAUCUUCAGAUGAGACCAGUCAUCAUUUUGAUCACCACUCUUAUCCCAAUUAUCACUCAGUUGAAAAUGGUGCAGUUAAUGGUAAUCACCAUGGGCACGGAAAAUCAAACAUCAACGUGCGAGCGGCUUUUAUUCACGUACUAGGUGAUUUCUUUCAAAGUCUCGGUGUUUUUGUCGCAUCUCUGGUCAUCUACUUUAAACCCGAAUGGUCAUUCAUCGAUCCAAUUUGUACUUUUCUUUUCUCCAUUCUCGUACUUUUAACGACCUUUAACAUAAUCAAAGACGUUUUCAAUGUCCUAAUGGAAGGGAUUCCAAGGGGAAUCGAUUUCGUGAAAGUCUACCAAGUGAUGGACACAAUUCCGGGAGUAGUUAAGGUUCACAAUCUACGAAUCUGGUCACUGAACAUGGAUAAAGUCGCUCUAUCGGCUCACAUAGUGACAGGUAAAGAUGAAGAUCGAACUCGAAUUUUGAGAAAAGUUUCCGAUCGAUUAAAAUCUGAAUUCGAUAUUUUUGAAUUAACUCUACAAGUGGAAGAGUAUAAAGUGGAAAUGGAUAAUUGUGAUCAAUGUCAAGUGCCCAACUAAUUAAACACAGAAUCUUAAUUGUGAUUUAUCUCUGACCAGAAAAUGUAAUUACCAAGAAGCUUUUUGGUUGAUAUUCAAUAGUUAAUUGUUCCUAUUGUAAAUCAGAAAUCAUGACAACAGAUUAUCAGUUGACUGUUAAUUCAUCAUCUACAAUAAGUGAAACUUAAUUUAGUUAAUUAGUCGAUGAUUAAAAGGAAAACCUAUUAAUAAGAUUAACACUGAUAACAAUUAAUCAUUUUAAAAAAUCAUUGAGAAUUUAAAUUUCUCAUCAAUUGUUCAUAAGAAAAUCUUAAUUUUUUGUUUUUUUGUUUCUAAUUUGUUUUUCAUGAAAUCAAUAAAUCAUUCAUUAGUUUAACCCAAUUGAA